GGCGAGAACAAUGUCAUCAUUCCUGCUUAAAAAGACUGCUGCUAUGCCUCCGUGAUGGAAAGAUCACCGCACGCGUCCAAAUAUAGUAAAACCAGGUGUGCCUCUGAUUUCAACCCGUCUGAAGUGCCUUUCAGCUGGCGAAGAUGCCCAGAGGAUUUUUAGUCAAAAGAAAUAAGAAAGCGACACCUGUUUCCUACCGCGUCCGCUCGGAGGAGGAUGAGCAGGGCGCGUUUCCAGCCGCGCAGCAGGACGCACUGUGCGCGCGCCGCCCGGUUUCGCCUGUGCAGUUCGGGAACCCCGAAACAGUCUACCGAUCCAUGUACAGCCCGACCCGACCCGUGAGCAGAGAGCACGAGAGGGCGUGUUUGGAGAGGCGCUUCAAUCUCGGCUCGCCUAUUUCAGCGGAGUCCUUCCCGGCUGCGCCCAACGGCUCCGAUCACGCGCCGUUCGCGCCCGUGGAUCUUAAAAUCGGCACCAGCAACAGCAACCGAACCGGCACCACAGUAGCCACCAAAAGACCCGCAUCAGACGCGGAGCGCAAAGGCAAACCCGCGUCCAAGAAAGCCAAAGCCAUGCGGAAAUUGCAGUUCGAGGACGAGAUGACCACUUCUCCGGUGCUGGGCUUGAAGAUCAAAGAAGGUCCGGUGGAGCAGAAGCCCAGAUCUCAGUGCACAGGCGGCGACAAGCCGCUCGGCGAGUUCGUGUGCCAGCUGUGCAGAGAGGCGUACGCCGAUCCCUUCUCCCUAGCCCAACACAAGUGCUCCAGGAUCGUCCGGAUCGAGUACAGGUGCCCCGAAUGCGACAAGCUCUUCAGCUGCCCGGCGAACCUGGCCUCGCACCGGCGGUGGCACAAACCCAAACCGCAGAACCCGGAAAGCAAUAAGACCCCCGCGCCCGAGAAAGACGAGACUUCCAGCGACAGGGACACUCCUAGUCCUGGACUUUCCGAAUCUGGCUCGGAAGACGGCCUGUAUGAUUGCCAGCACUGUGGGAAGAAGUUCAAACGUCAAGCGUACCUGAAAAAGCACGUGACGGCGCAUCACGAAGCGUGCGAUAAAACCCAAAGCCAAGCGCCUCUGAAUCUCAGCGCCUCCGAGUGCCACCUGUGCCCGGUGUGCGGAGAAAACUUCCCGAGCAGAAUGAGCCAGGAGAGGCACAUCCGUCUGCAGCACUCGGCGCAGGUUUACCCGUGCAAAUACUGUCCCGCCAUGUUUUACAGCUCACCGGGACUCACGAGACACAUCAACAAAUGCCACCCGUCGGAAAACAGGCAGGUCAUCCUGCUUCAGAUGCCGGUGCGUCCAGCCUGCUGAACAGCGCUGUGCCUUAAACCAGUGCUUCCCAAUCCAAUCCUAACAGUGCACAUUUUGGAUUUGACACAACUAUUAUAGGAGGACGGGUCGGGAAGCACUGCCUUAAACCACAGAAUCGACCUGGAUGAGACUGACUCAAAUCCUGCUAUUUUUCAAAUCUACACUCUUAACAACAAAGGUUCCAAAAGGAGGUUUGCAUUAGAACCACCAUUUUUGAUGUGAAGAACAUUUUAAAAUUCUAAAGAACCUUUCGUGGAAUGUUAAAGUUCUUCAUGGAAGAUGCGGAACCUUUGUUUUUGAGAGUGUAAGGUAGUUUAUCUGGAGGAGGUUCAACAGGUUAGACUGUUCGGAUAUUUUUCUAGGAUCUCCGCACAAGUGCUUUUAGCUUUUAGACCUAAGAAUCCUAGAACAUGCCUUGAAUUCACAGGCUGUACAUACGUUUCCAUCGUUUCUAGCUUUAAUAGAGCUUGUGAAUCUGUGGACUUUGACUGUAGCUUUCAAAACAACCUACUGACAAGGGUUUCUCCCUUUAGUGUAGCCGGAAAUGCCUUGAAUUAGAUCUCGACAUGCUGUAAAACUGCCUUAAUCAUGUAAAUGUUGGAGUGAUUGCAGUUGCUUAUAAUAAUUUUUAUAUUGUUAUUAUUAUUAUUAUUAUUAUUGUGUGUGUAUAUGUUUGUGAUUAUUUAUGUUAUCAUUAUUGUUAUUUAUUUAUUUCAAAUGUUUUAUUUAAAUUAUUUGCCUAAUUCAUUUGUGAUUGAUUUUAAAUUUGUCUCGACAGCCAAAUGUUUCGUUUAUUGAUCUAAAGAUCAGUUUCUUCGUCUGCUGAAAGUCUGAAAUUCACCUUGCAUUAGAUACAAUCGUUUAUUAAUUUAUUUUUUUAUGUUUUACGUGUUCAGCGCUUGUGUGUUUCUGCAGUUGCUAUUUGUCCAAAAAUGCUUAAAAUAAUAAUAAUAAUAAUAAACAGUCCAAAAAGUCAAAAUGGGAUCCACUUUUGAUGCGACAUUCCAGCAAUCUGAAGACCAGAGAUGUGCGUGUUGUCGUGUGGAAACCCAGACACUGUGAACACAUAGAAAUACAUCAUCAUCAUCGUCAUCAUCAUCUUAUACAAUGAAAUGUGUCCAACUGGAUUCUGUACCAAGAUACGUCUGCACUUAAUAAAACACAUCAACCUAAAA